AACCAAACGAAAAAAACACAGCAAAAAAACUUGACAAGAAACCACCUGAAAUGUCCGGAAACAGCAACGACAGCAACGGCAAUGGUGGUGCAGGCCAGAAGCAGGCACCACCGCCCCAGUACAUUAUAACCACACCGAGCGAGGUGGAUGCCGAGGAGCUGCGCUCGAUGGAAAUGGACAUGGAAAUGGGAUCUCCUGCGGGCAGCGAGGACAGUGUCUUUGCCGGCUCGUCCACCACGGCGGCGGCGGAACAGAGGCGCCUCCAGCAGGUGAAGCAUAGCCAGAAGUUCAGUAGCCAGACGUCGAGCUCGAGCACCACCAAGGUGGCCACACGCUCCUACUCGGUGACCAGCAGCAGCACCAACAAUCUAUCGUCCAUACAGCAGCAGCAACAGACCAGCGGAUCCAGCAACCAGGCGGUGGGAAACUCGGCCAGCACCACCAGCAGCAAGUCGAAGUUCCAGAGCUUCCUCCAGCAGCCGGAGGGCGGAUCGCACGGCUUCCUCACCGCCCACCAGAAGCACGUGCGCCAGUUUGUCCGCUCCACGUCGGCCCACUCGGAGGCGGCCGCCGGCAUGACCCCGGUGAGUGGUGCCAGGCCUGAGAAGUGCAUACGGAGCGCCUCCACCCAGAUCGAUGACGCCACAGCGGCACUGGGUGAUGGCAAUGGCAUCGGCAGCAGCAACCUAUCGGACAGCACCGGGACUGGCGGAUCCAUGCAGCUGUCCAUGUCGAAGCUGGGACUGCAGCAGUCCUCCUCGAUCCUCAUCUCCAAGUCGGCGGAGACCAUCGAAAUGAAGAGCAGCUCGGCGGGCAUGCGCACUCAGCUGACCCUGAGCGGGGGCUUCCUGGCGCCGCCCAAUCGCAAGAUCACCAUCUUGAGUCCCAUCCAUGCACCGCCCGGCCUGCACGACAUGCUGAAGCGGGCCGGUCGCUCGCCCCUGUCGCCCAGGAUCAGUUUCCCCGGCAGCGAGACGGAUCUCUUUGGCAGCAGCGGCACAACGGGGACUGGGGGAACAGCGGGAACCGAGGAGAAUUCUACCACCCUAACGGGCGGUGUGGGAGGAAGCUCCCUCAACAACAACAACAACAACAACAGCAGCAGCGGCAGCGGCUGUGGCAGUGCCACCGGAGCUACCGGCAAUACCUCAACGUCGACGUGGUGCGGCAGCAUCAAUUUUCUUGUGUAUAUGGUGUGCUCCUUCUGCUGUUGUUGCUACAAUUUUCGGAAUUCGCCCUCAAGGAAAUUCCGUUUGAAUUCCAGUUGCAAAUCCAUGAAUAUUUUCUAA